GAAAUAAAAGAUAUUUUAAUAAUUUGAUUUGAUUAUAUUAAUGAGUUAGUUAUAUUAAGGGAGAAUGAAAUCAUCAAGUGGAGGAAGUAGUAGUACAACAACAAGUUGUCAAGAUUGUGGAAACAAAGCAAAAAGAGAUUGUGGGCAUAUGAGAUGUAGAACAUGUUGUAAGAGCCGAGGUUUUCAAUGUGCAACUCAUGUUAAAAGUACUUGGGUUCCUGUUGCUAGGAGACGUCAAAAACUUCAACAACAACAACAUCAUCAUCAUCAUCUUCUUUCUAACACUGUUGAUCAUCAAUAUCAUCAUCAAUACCAUCACCAUCAUCAUCUUACUCUUCCUCUUUCUCUUUCAAAUAUUCAUCAUCAUAACCCUACUUCUACUGGAGUAGAAGGAGCAAAUUUUCCGGCGGAGGUGAAUUCAUUGGCAACUUUCCGAUGUAUUCGGGUUAGCUCAGAGGAUAAUGUGGUGGAUCAAUAUGCUUAUCAAACUUCAAUUACAAUAGGAGGGCAUGUUUUCAAAGGCAUUCUCUAUGAUCAAGGUUUCACCACCGCGAGUCGCGGUGGUGAAACCUCAUCAGCCGCCACAAGUGACAACCAGCCGUUUAGUGUCGCCGCCACCAUGGCGGCCACACAAUCAAGUGGUGGUGGUGCAAACAUAGUUUACCACCCUCCUUCUCUAUAUUCUGCUCCUAGCUUCAAUGCUUUCUUGCCUGGUAUGCAGUUCUUCCCCCAUCCAAGGCCUUAAUUAAUAAUCAAUUAAGUAGUGUAAUUAAUUUAAUUAAAAUAAAAUUAGUCUUUUUGUUUUAAUUGAAUUGAAUUCUUCUCUAAUUGUGCAG